CACAUGCCCAAGUCCCAUUUCAUCUCAUAAAGCGGCGUUCCCAGAAAGUUCGUGACUCUCUCUCUGCCUUGCUUAUUAUAUAAGGCACAAAACUCCCCCUCCAAGGUCUAGUUUUCCCCAAGGUUGUCCCUUUUCAGUCCCAAACCAAAUCUCUACGCUCUUCUUCAAGGUACGCUACACCCCCUCUCUUCAACUUCUUUGUCUUCCUUUUCAGUAAAGGUUCGUUCUUUGCUUAAUCUUGUAGCUUGAACUUAAAACCCUUUGCUUCUUCCUGAGCAAAAAUCUGAUGGGUUUUUGAGCUUCUUCAAUCUACUUUGUUUAAUUCUUUCCUUCUCAUGUUGUGUCUGAGAUUUUAGCUUGAAUUUUCAUCACUCCCUUUCUUUUUUGGUGGUGUUUUUAAGUUUAAGAGGGGUUUAGACUUUUUAGAGUUAAGAGUUUCCUUGUGAUUAUGGAUCCAACUAUCAAUGGAGUCCCUGAUUACACGAAUGGUUUCAAUAUUGAUGCCCAUCCCUUCUUACCCAAUUCAACUCAAUUCCCAAAUCUCACAAAUGAAUACCAAUUUAACCAGCUCUCUCCGGAUCUUAACUUUUUGGAUAAUCAUUUUUCACUUCCAUCACCUGAUUUAGAACCUGGUAAUUUUGUUCCUUCAAUUAGUGUGAGCUCAGAUGGAGAGUCAUUUGUUCCAUAUACUAGUUUGAGUCCAGAUGGAGACUCAUUUGCUCCUCCCAUGACUACUGUGAGCCCCGGAGGAGACUCUUCCUCUGAUGACACUGACUUCUCUGAAACUGUUUUCAAGUUCAUAAAUCAGAUUCUUAUGGAAGAGAACAUAGAGAAAAAACCCUGCAUGUUCUAUGAUCCAUUGGGUCUUCGUGUGACUGAGAAAUCGUUCUAUGAUGCCCUUGGUCAAAAGUACCCUUCUUCACCUAAUCAGCAACCCCUUUAUAUUGAUCAAAAUGUUGAGAGUCCCGAUGGUAAUUUUUCUGGAAACUGUAGUGAUUGUAGUGGUAGUAAUAGUAGUGCUAGUCCUGGUACUAGCAACUCGGUUGAUCCUCCAUGGCUUGGAUAUCCGGUAGACCAAAAACCCUUUUUGUCACAAACUUCCCUUCCCAAUGACCACACUUUCCAGUUUAAUUCACAUCCCAAUUCACAGUUGUCUGUUCCUCCGACAAACGACCUGACUAGUUUUGGAGACGAGCUGCAUGUUGACAAUGCACUGCAGGGCUCUUCUGUAAAUGAGUUUCUGGCUCAGAAUAUAUUUACAGAUAGUGAAUCUAUCUUGCAGUUCAAUAGAGGGUUAGAGGAAGCUAGUAAGUUCCUUCCAAAAGAUAAUCAGUUGAUUAUUAAUCUGGAAAGCAACACAACGUAUCCAGAAGUGAAACGACAUGCUCCGACAGUUAUUGUCAAGAAGGAAAAGAGUGAGAGGAAGAACUCACCUAAUGGGUCAAGGGGAAGGAAGAAUCAUGAGCGGGGAGAUGUUGCCCCUGAAGAAGAGAGGAGUAGCAAGCAGUCUGCAGUUUAUAUACAAGAGAGUGAAUUAUCUGAGAUGUUCGACAAGGUGUUGCUUUGCACUGGAGGAAAUAAUGAGUCUCCAUGUGACAAUGUUGCUUUUCAGAAUGAAGCAAGCCAGGCUUUGCAGCCAAAUGGACAUCCACAAGAGUCUAAUGGUAAUGGUGGGAAAGCUCGUGCUAAGAAACAGGGAAAGAAGAAGGAAACUGUCGAUUUAAGGAAUCUCCUGAUUUUAUGUGCACAGGCUGUGUCUAGCAAUGAUUUUAGGACCACUAGUGAACUACUAAAGCAGGUUAGGCAGCACUCUUCUCCUAAUGGCGAUGGAUCUCAAAGGGUGGCUCACUUUUUUGCAAAUGCUCUAGAGGCUCGUAUGGCUGGUACUGGCACUGGAACACAGAUUUUUUAUGCUUCCCUUGCUUCCAAAAGGACAGCAGUGGUUGAUACUUUGAAAGCUUACCAAGUUCAUCUUUCAGCUUGCCCUUUCAAGAAAAUAUCAAUUUUCUUCAAAAACAAGAUGAUUUUGAAGAUGGCUGAGAAAGCAACAACCCUUCAUAUUGUGGAUUUUGGUAUCCUCUAUGGUUUUCAGUGGCCAAUCCUUAUCCAGCAUCUUUCGAAGAGACCUGGUGGACCUCCCAAGCUACGCAUAACGGGGAUAGAGAUUCCCGAACCUGGGUUUCGUCCAGCAGAUUGGAUUGAAGAGACUGGACGCCGCCUGGCGAAAUAUUGUGAGCGUUUUAAUGUACCUUUUGAGUAUAAUGCCAUAGCAUCACAGAAUUGGGAAUCUAUCAAACUAGAGGAUCUCAAGACUGAAAGGAAUGAGGUACUUGCUGUGAAUUGUAUGUUACGGUUCAAGAACCUACUUGAAGACACAGUUGAAGUGAACUGUCCAAGGGAUUCCGUUCUAAAACUAAUCAGAAGGAUGAAACCAGAUAUUUUUGUCCAUACCAUUGUCAAUGGUUCCUACAAUGCCCCUUUCUUUGUCACUCGAUUUCGGGAGGCUCUCUUCCACUUCUCUGCCCUGUAUGAUGCGUUUGAUAUUAAUAUAGCCCGUGACAAUGAAGAGAGGUUGAUGUUUGAGAGAGAGUUCUAUGGCCGGGAGGCUAUGAAUGCAAUAGCAUGUGAGGGCUUAGAAAGGGUUGAGAGGCCUGAGACAUACAAGCAGUGGCAGGUUCGUUGUACAAGGGCUGGUUUGCGGCCGCUGCCAUUGGACCAAGAUCUGCUGAAGAUCUUUAAGGGUAAGGUGAAGGCAUGGUACCACAAAGAUUUUGUAAUUGAUCAAGACAGUGAUUGGAUGCUUCAAGGAUGGAAGGGUCGAAUUGUCUAUGCUUCUUCUUGUUGGGUUCCAGCAUAGGAAUCUUGUAAAGCAUGCCUGUUUGAAUUUCUUUGAGAAUUGUGAUGCAAGGGUGUCUGAUAAAAUGCCCUUCCUCCUUUCUUUUUGGAUUUGUAAUCAAAUGAAAUUCCGCCUUUCUUGAUUUGCUUUCCAUCAGUAGUUGUAAUAGGGGGAAAUUUUCAUUCUGAAUCUUGUACAGUCUUUUGCGAAGUCUUGUGUUUGUUGUAUCAGAUGUUUCAAGAAGUGGCAUUACGGAAUUCAUUAUAUAUUGCAUGUUCAUUUGUCUUCUA